GGGAGGGUCCCUCGGCUCGGGCGGCACCGGGACGGUUCCGCCGCCGCCCUGGCCGCCUGCCCGCCGCCGAGCCCGGCGCUCCGCGGGACGGAGCGGGGCCGGUGGGUUCGGAGCACCCUUCUAGAACCCCUCUGCCCCCCGCUCCCCAGUGCGGCGGCUCUGCCCUUCAUCAUCCUGACUCUGGUGAACUCCCCCUACAAGCGAGGCUUCUACUGCAACGAUGACUCCAUCCGCUACCCCUACAAGGCAGACACCAUCACCCACGGCCUCAUGGCUGGGGUCACCAUCAGCUGCACUGUUAUCAUUAUCUCAUCAGGGGAAGCGUACCUGGUCUACACUGAGCGUCUCUACUCCAAGUCAGAGUACAACAAUUACCUGGCUGCCCUCUACAAGGUGGUUGGGACCUUUCUCUUCGGGGGGGCCAUCAGCCAGUCCCUGACUGACCUGGCCAAAUACAUGAUCGGCCGUCUGCGGCCAAACUUCCUGGCUGUGUGCAACCCUGACUGGUCCAAGGUGAACUGCUCCAUCUAUGUGCAGCUGGAGAAUGUCUGCCAGGGAGAGAGCAGGAAUGUCACCGAGUCCAGACUGUCCUUCUACUCGGGACACUCUUCCUUUGGGAUGUACUGCAUGAUGUUCCUGGCGCUCUAUGUGCAGGCCCGCCUGGUGGGGAAGUGGGCGCGGCUGCUGCGUCCCACCAUCCAGUUCCUCCUCAUCGCCUUCGCCAUCUACGUGGGCUACACCCGGGUGUCUGACUACAAGCACCACUGGAGUGAUGUGCUGGUGGGGCUGCUGCAGGGGGCUCUCAUUGCCGUCCUCAUUGUGCACUACGUCUCUGACUUCUUCAAGCAGCGUCCCCCCCGGCAGUGUGAGGAGAAGGACCCGGAGCGCAAGCCCAGCCUGCCCCUCACCCUGAGCGAGCCCGAGCACAAUCACUACAGCUACCGGGGAGCUCCGUGAGCUGCAGCCCUGCCCCUCGCCGUGCUCCUGCCUCCAGGGACAGCUGGCUCUGUCUUAACCAUUGGCUCCACGGCUCUGGUGCCUCUGGCUGACACGGGUGGGACAGCCCUGCCUGUCCCACUGCCACGGCGCCUCGCUCCCCGUGCCCGUGGUGCUGCUGGUACCUGGUGAUGCCCUGCCCAUGGGGAGGGGAUGUCCUCCUCCCCCCACCGUGUGUCUGAGUCACACCCCAAGGCUGCUGUCCCAGCCCUUUGUGCAGAGGGAGGGGAGGGUGGCACGUGGGGGUGGAUUUAUUGGGCUGGCAAAGCACACUGAGCGAAGAGCAAACUCCUUGGGAAGUCUGAGGUUGCCUGGGCCGAGUGUGUGUUGUCCCUGUCAAAUUAUCCAGCCAUACAAGUACAAAUCCUCACAGGCACAGAGGGAGCAGGACAGCUUCUGGGCUGGCAAUAGUGUUUUGGAAAGGAUUAAAGCAAUCCAGAGCUCUUCUCUGCUCCAUUGAUUACCUUUAAGAGCAGUCCUGCUCGCCAGCAGCUGCUGUGAGCAAAGGGUGCCUGGGCAGGCUUUUCUCUGCCUGUGCCCAAUUCUGCAGUGCUGGGAGCCAGAGCUGUUUGCCCCCUGCCUGCUUCAUGCCUGGCUUGGGCAAGGGGCUGCUGCUCUUGCCUUUGUCCCUCCUGCAGCUUCAGCUGAUGCUUUAGGGUGUGUGGCGGGGCUAGGGAGACAUUUUCUGUGGUAAAGGAAAAUAAAUGGGGAUGUGGAGCUGUCCAAAUGUCCUAGGAAAGUGGGGGCAAUGGGUACAGAGCAGUCCCAUCACUGACACGUGGCUGCCUCCAGCACUGGAGUGCUGUGGGUCUCUUUUUAAAAUACAUGCAUUUUCAUUAUGAUGUUGUUUUUAAAUUAGAUCAUCCUUAAAGAA